CCAUUAUCCAAUUUUCCCGCUCUAUCUAUAGAUUCUAGAAUGGAAAAUCCUUCACCUGCUUCAACCCAACAAACAAUCCGUUUCUCGAAUCAAAUGUUGAUAAUCAAACGGCGAAAACAUGUUUAAGCCGGGGUUCAUCAAGAAGAUUCAAGUCCAAAACUUUGUUACCUACAACUAUGCGGAACUGGCGCCAGGACCAAAUCUAAAUAUGCUUAUUGGGCCAAAUGGAACCGGCAAAUCUACGAUGGUAGCCGCUAUUAUUCUAGGUUUAGGUGGCAGCCCUAAAACUGUAGGAAGAGGUACAAAAAUAUCUGAGUAUGUUAAACAUGGAUGCGAAUUUGCCAAAAUAAACAUUUAUUUACAAGGCAAAGAAGAUGAUGCCAUAGUUAAAAUAUCAAGAGACUUUGACACGCAGGAUAGAACACAAUGGAAGCUGAAUGGAAAAAUAUGCAAGGCAGCUAAUGUGCAAGAGUAUAUAAAAGAAUUUAAUAUACAAGUAGAUAAUUUGUGUCAAUUUCUACCACAAGAUCGUGUUGCUGAUUUUGCAAAAUUGAACAAGAAAGAAUUGUUAAAGCAAACGCAGAUUGCGUUAUGUAGAGAAGAUUUACUAGCAAAACAACAAGGUUUAAUUGAGGCCAGAGAGAGACAUAAACAUUUGAAAGAACAAAUUGUACAACAAAAACAAAAUUUGCAAGAAGCGCAAGAUGCCAAUGCUAGAUUGGAAGGAAGAGUUAUAAACUUCAACAAAAAAAUUAAAUACAAAGAGAGAAUUGCCCAUAUUAAUAGAAAAUUGGCAUGGUUAGAAUAUGAACAUAAAAGAGCAGAACUAGGCAAAGUAAAAGCUGAAAGGGCGCAAGCCCAACACAUAUACGAUAAAUAUAAAAAUGCAAUUAAACCAAUGGAAAAAGUGAUCCAAUCCCAUAAACAAUGUUUGCAAGAAAUGCAACAGAGUAAUUCAAAAAUAAAACAGAAUAUACGAAACAAUGAAAACCAUAUGAAUACCACCAGUAAUAAUGUGGAAGCACUUAAAUCAAAUAUAAAAGAAAUUGAGAAGGAGUGUCAGAAUAAAUUAGCAGAAGUUGGUCAGUGGGAUAACCAGAUUCGAGAAGCAGCAGCUAAAUUACAGGAAUUAAAAAAAUCGCAUGAAGAUACACUUAGCCAGUUAACACACUUGAAUAAAGAUGCACCCACUCUAUCUUCAGAAAUUAACAAAUGGUUAAGUCAUAAAACUAAACUCCAAAACCAAAAAGAUCCAAUAAAUGCAGCAAUAAUUGAAGCUAACUCAGAAAUAAGGUUUUUGCAAAAUGAACAAAACAAAGUAGAAAAUGUCAAGCAAACUAGACUGAAUAAGCUCAGAGGAUUGAAUAAUGAUGCAUACACUGCUGUUCUUUGGAUUAGAAACAAUAAACAUCUUUUCAAAGGUGAAGUGUAUGAACCCAUGAUGCUAGAAGUUAAUGUUUUGGAUGAAACGAAAGCGAAAUAUGUAGAAGCUAUGAUACCUAUGAGGGACAAGUUAGCUUUCACUUGUACUGAAAAGGACGAUAUGAAUUUGCUUAUUAGAUCUUUGCGAGAACAGCAAAGAUUGUCUGUAAAUGUGGUAUAUUCAGGUCCAACUAAUGAUCCAUACAAUCAACCCAGAAUCCCAAUUGAACGUCUUAGAAGAUUUGGCUUUUAUACUUAUGUUAACACUUUAUUCACCGCUCCAGAACCUAUUAUGAGAUAUUUAUGUCUCACGUAUUACCUGAAUAAUAUUCCUGUGGGGGACGAAAGCACCAAUGAUCAUUAUCAGAGUGUGCCUCAGGAAAUAAAAGUGUUUUUCAGUGAUAAUUCCAGAUAUGCAAUAAGCGUCUCCCAAUAUUCAGGACAAAGAAGUACCAGACAGAAUGAAAUUAAAGCACAUGGUCACUUGCUGUCUUUGGAUGUCUUGAAAUUGGAGCAAGUGAAAGGACGUUCUCGUGAAAUGAAUAAAAAAGUUCAGCAACUACAAAGUCAACUUGAAAAAUAUGAUGCUGAAAUUAGUAAAUUUGAUGCAAGAAUCCAGGAAUACCGACAAAGACUAACCGAGAUUCAGAGACAAAAACAACAGGCUGACGGUAUUGAAAGACGAAUAGCGGUGGCCAAACAGCACUUGCUCACAAUGCAAAAUAAUAAAAAAAAUCCUGAAGAAAUUAAAGCGGAAGCCCAUACUAAAAUUUAUAAAUUGAAGCCAAAAAUGUAUCAUCUAGUGAAAGCCUCUAUGAAGUAUGACGAAGAAUUAAAAUCCUUAAUAAAAACCUUAGAGUCAACGUCUGAAUUAAUUGAGGCGAGUCGUCAAGUUAUCGAACUAUUGGACAAUGAAACCAUCGAUUUGAAAACGAAAAUUCAAGAAACCGGAGAUAUUCUUCAGUCAGUUAGUGCUAGAUAUGAUGCUAUUAUGCAAGAAGCAAAAAGCCUACUAGAAAAGGCCAAAGGGUUGUCGAAAGGUCACACACCCAUUGAUCCAGGGUUUCAAGAGUUUCUUGAGAUUUACGAUCAAUUAGGAAACAAUCAAGAGAAUCUACAAACAGAAAAAGAAGAUCUAAAUUCAAGAAUAGCUUGCCUAAACACUGCGGAUGAUGUUGAAAUGCAAGAAUAUCAAGACAGAAACAGUCUUAUAGAGAGACUUCUUGAAACUAUUAGUACAACCUCAAAGGAAAUCGAUAAAAUAUCCGGUAAAAUGAACAAAAUGCAAGAGCAAUGGUUGAACCCCUUAAAGGAAGUGGUGGCGGCUAUAAACCUGAGGUUUGCUAGUGCGUUUGAACGUAUGGGUUGCGCUGGAGAAGUGACAGUAUGUUCUGGCGACAACGACCAGGAUUUUGCUGAUUAUGGUAUUUCAAUUAUGGUUACGUACAGAAGUGGCGAGCCUUUACAAGAAUUAAACCCUAUAGUACAAAGUGGAGGUGAACGAGCUGUUGCUACAGCCACUUUUAUGUUGUCUUUGCAAGAAUUGACGCCGGUACCCUUUAGGUGUGUCGAUGAAAUCAAUCAGGGAAUGGAUGUUAAUAACGAACGGCGAAUAUUUGAUUUGAUCAUGGAGUCGACUUCUCAGCCAGGUACAUCUCAGUAUUUCCUAAUUACCCCUAAGUUGGUACCAAAUCUGAAAUACACAAGAGAAGCGAGAGUGCAUAUUGUCCACAAUGGACCGUUCAUAAAUCCAGAUAGGAAAUGGUUCGAUUCAAAGUUUUGCAAUCCGGAUUCUAUUAAGCUUAGUUGAAAAUUCGUUUUUUUUUUUCAUGUUUAUGACGAUAUUUCUUUCUUUUAUAUUUUGAAAAAUGAUUUGUUUAUUGUAUGUGAUUGUUUAUUUAUUAUUUAUAAUAAAAUAGAUAUGUACAUAUAGGUGGUUUACCGAUCUUUUAUUUUAGCAUUGAUUCAAGUAAUUUAUUUCGUCUUCAGUAUUCUCUAUUAUGACAUUGAGGCGUGGACUCUGACAGACGCCAUGUGUGAAAAGCUAUAGAGGCUUUUGAAAUAUGGACAUAUAAACGGAUGUUGGAAAUAUCUUGGACGGACAGAGUGCGCAAUGAAGCUGUGCUAACGAGAAUGUCAAAAGAUCUUGAACUUAUGUUUACGCUUAAAAAGCGAAAGUGAGAGUACUUCGGACACAUACUCAGGAUUGACAAAUACCUACUUCUCAAGCUCAUAAUCGAGGGAAAAAUCGAAGGCAGAAGUGACCCUGGGACGUCGAACAGUAUCUUGGCUAAAGAAUUUAUAUCACUAGUAGAUGAUUGCCAACGUUCGUAGAGGAUAAGGCCGUCACAAGGCAAUAUUUUGAAGCGGAAAGUAAAAUUUUCAGAAAUGUGUGGGAUGAAGUGCUUUACACAACCUUUGCGAAAAACUAGUGUGUGGAAAAUUAUUCCAGAACACGUGUGCAGUAAAUUUUUUUUUGUUAUAAAAGUACCUAUAUUUCCUCCUAACUGAUGAAAGUUCUUGGAAAAUAUGUUGCAUAGACUAAUAUGUUGUUAUUUUGUAUCAUGAUAGGUCGCGACAUUUAUGCGUCAAGUUUGUAUCUAUACCAUUUCCAAAUCCAAGCGGUACUUAAUGACAUUAUAACCUGAAUUGUAAACCAACAUCAGCCUUCCUAUUGGUUGAAACGCCCUACCA